AUGCACGCCGGCUGCACGUGCGGCCUACAGCCUGAGUUCGUCGCGCUACGCGGCGAGCGUGAACGGACGGCCCUCUCGACGCAGUGCACUCGACUCGACUCGUUCGCACAUCGCCAACGGUCGCUUGGGCAUGCAGGCCGUAAGCGCACACGCUCGAAUCUCCUGCUCGUGUUGCCCGGCCGCCUGUGCGACGGCAGCAAUGGCUCCCCUGCAGCGCUCUCCACCUCACAUCUCACUAAUUCGCCGCAUCCCAGCCAUUGCGACUUUUGCUGCAUACCCGCUAUAAGCAGAGCAGCCAGCGCUGCUUUAAUCCCUCCACCACCCCAUCCGCCGGGGACUCACCGCGGCCCCGCGCUUGCCAACCUGCUGCCCUUCAUCCCCGACCACCGUAACGAGACCACGACAUCCAACGACCGCGACGACCCCUACCAAACAUCCUUACAGCUACGCCAGCAGCAGGCCGACGAAUACUACCGCGCCACCCACAACCACUCGCGCGUCUCGAGCUCCUCCGGAAGCGCUGCCCACAGCUUGCGCCGCACCCCCAACUUCGAGCAGCACCAGCGCGCCAGGUCCGUCGACCCCAGCCAGCAGCAGCAGCGUCUCGUGCGUUUCUCUGACGGCUCUCGAUCGGCACCUCGCCCGCGGCCCUUGUCCUUGUCGCGCGAUCCCUCGCUCUUCGAGCCGCACCCAGCUCUGCGCAUCUCGCGGCGGACUGCGUCUGCCAUUCGCUUUGUGCUCGAGGAGGCCAUCCGCGCACCCUACGCCUUCACGCCGGACACGGUAGAAGAGAACGCAGCCAUGUCAGACCUCAUGGCAACCCGUCCCGCCAAUGGCGGCGCACGCACCACCGGAGGCCCGACACCAGUCACCCAAGCUGAUCGGUCCAACAUUCGCACACCCCAGAUGAUCAUGAACGAGCGAAGACAAAGGGAGGCGGCACGGCGGCAGCAGACCGAGGCAGAAGAGCAGCAGAAGGCCGAGGAGGAACGCAGGAGAAGCGCCGAGAGAAGAGCACAAGCUGUUGCUGGCGUAGCUGGCACAAACCCCCUUACCGAGCCUGGGCAACCACGACAGCCCCAGCACGCUCCUUCACGAUCCGGCGAUCAACACGUCAGAUACCCAUCCACAGGCGCACCUCGCCCGCCAGACGGCAUGCUGCCCACGUCAAGUCAGCCCCAAGCCGCCAUACCAGCCCCACAGCAACCACGCUCCAGAGCCAACUCGCAAGCACAGCAGCAACCUCGCCCUGCACAACCUGCACCUGCGUCCUCCACAGGCGAAAGGCGGCAGCCCUCAGGCGACCGCACGCACGCGCGACGUCCAGCAGGCUCCACCGGGUCUGCACAAGCUGGACCAUCAACAGCGGCACAGUCGCGCCCAGCAGUUCCUCCGCCCGAUGCCUCGCAAACUCAGAUUCGUGACUCCACGACGUCCACGUUUCCUCACGCGUUCGAACGUUGGGAGACGCUCUCUUCCCACUGGGAAGGCCUGACCUCGUAUUGGAUACGGAGGUUGGAGCAAAACACCGAUGAAGUCCGUCGGGAGCCUCUGGCUCAGCAGAUGUCACGCCAAAUCACAGAUCUGUCUGCAGCUGGCGCCAACUUGUUCCAUGCCGUUGUCGAACUCCAGCGCCUUCGCGCAUCGUCGGAGCGCAAAUUCCAGAGGUGGUUCUACGAGCACCGACAAGAUCAAGAGAAGGCGCAAGAGCGUGAAGCAUCUUUUGAAUCUACCCUCCAAGCUGAGCGCGAUGCAAGAAUCGCUGCUGAAGCCAAUAUGGAACGCAUGGCUACCGAGAAGAAGAACGCCGAGCGUGCUGUGUCUGAGAUGAAGCGCGAGCUACAGAUCUCGAAAGAAGAGGCUCGACGCGCGUGGGAAGAGCUUGGGAGGCGAGAGCAAGAAGAGCGCGAUCGGACCUCUUCGUUGCGUGAAGGCCAGCCGACAUUGGUUGGUGGAGUACAAGUACUUCCCAUGGCACAGGGUAUGGGCGGUCCCGGAAUGUCUGUCGGAGAGGACGCAUAUGCUGGCGCACAAAACAGCGGUAUUGAGCAGCAUUACUCUUACGAGGAGGCCCAGUCUCCAACAGAUACGGAUCCCUUUACCGAGCGACGCCACGGUCACCGUGAGCAGGACAUCGCGAAUUUGGCACAAGGCGCCUAUAUCCCGUCAGGCGCUGCGUCCACCUCUCAGCCAGUCAGCUCGAGCCAUGCUACAGCACACCCAAUCGCACCUGGACCUUCUGUGCAAUAUCCAAUGCCAAGUUCGCAAGGCCAACAGGCUGCCGUACAGCCAGCAAGUUCGCACCCUGAGGCUUUUUACCAGCAGCCAGAAUCCUAUCUGCACGAAGGUCGAGCCUCUGUGGCUGAGGACACACAGUCUUACGUGACCAGCAACCCAGACGACAUCUCAGAUGGUGACGAAGACUAUGCCUUUGACAGUCGUGGCAACUACAUUCUCGACGAUGCUGGCCACCGCAUCCCAUCUCGCGCCCUCCAGUCUCCCAUGUCUGACGAAUACGAUGUCACUGAAGACCGUCGUAGGGAGUUGGAGCAUCUACAGCGCUACGGCCCGGCCGCCCAUCCUCCAAGCCAGUACGCAACGACUGGUCCUGAGCAGGGCAGCCCGCAUGGUCAGGGCUACGCAACAGAUUCGCCCGUUCCCGACUAUAGUGGUGAUGGAUACGGCGAUGAGUGGAUCGGUAUGAGGCACCAUCACCCUACACGACUAAGCGAUGUGCCCGAGGAGGACGAGAGGAGCAGAGCGAGUCCAACGAGCAGGGCGAGCGCGACGAGUCGGGGCAGGCUUUUCUAG